AUGAGUAUACCUGUAGAAAUUGAAUCGAACACUGCAGAUGGUGUUGAAUCGAAGAUUAUCGAGCCAAUCGAAGAGUUCAAUGAAAUUGAACCGACAGCCGGAGAGCUCUCAACAUUGGAACAUAUUUCUGAUCGAAUACCAUUAGGAGUCUGGCUAAUUGUUAUUUGCGAAUUAUGUGAACGUUUCGCUUUCUAUGGAAUCUCCGGUCUCUUUCAAAAUUACAUUCAAUUUCCGCUACCUACUGCAAAUGAUACACAACCAGGUGCUCUCGAUCGUGGACAGCAGACUGCCACUGCAUUGACAAUGUUUUUUCGAUUUUUUGCUUAUAUUACGCCAAUCGUUGGCGCUAUACUAGCCGAUCAAUUCUGGGGCAAAUACAAAACUAUUGUUGUUUCAUGUGCGGUCUAUAUGGUUGGUCUUGUUAUACUUCUUCUGACUAGUAUACCACCAGCUAUUGAUAAAGGUGUCGCCUUUCCGGGUUUAAUCAUAGCAAUGAUCAUUUUGGGUUUUGGUACCGGUGGUGUAAAGAGUAAUGUGAGUCCAUUGAUGGCUGAACAAUAUUCUAGAACAAAACCAGUUAUCACAGUAAUCAAAGGCCAAAGGAAGAUUAUAGAUCCAGGCGUAACGAUGCAAUCGAUGUUCAAUUGGUUCUAUUGGGCAAUUAAUAUCGGCUCACUAUCAUUGAUCGCUACUACAAAUAUUGAAAAGUAUCAUUCAUUUUGGCUUGCGUAUCUUCUACCCACAGUUGCAUUUAUUGCUACCAUCGUCGUCUUGGUGAUCGGUCGCAAUCAAUACGUUCAAAUACCACCUUCUGGUUCAUUAAUCAUUCGCGCUGCUCGAGUGACAAUGACUGCCAUUCGAAUGCGACGAAAAUUGGGUUAUCAACCUGAUCGUCCAGAUUUCUUGGAUUACGCCAAAAGCAUGCCAUCAGCAAGCGAGUUUAAUGAAAAAGAGAGGGUUUCAGAAUUAAACAACAAUCAGUUUAUUGAUGAUCUCAAAAAAGCGGUGCGUGCUUGUCGUGUUUUUGCUUUCUAUCCAUUCUAUUGGAUCUGCUACAAUCAGUUUGGAACCAAUUUAGUAUCUCAAGCUGCGCAAAUGAAUGUUGGUCCUCUGCCUAAUGAUAUUUUACAAAAUAUCGAUCCGAUUGUUAUUGUUAUUUUCAUUCCGAUUUUUGACAAAUUGAUCUAUCCUGGCUUGCGACGAUGUAAAAUCAAUUUUCCAGCUAUUCCCCGUAUUGCUGCUGGUUUCUUCUGUGUGUCCAUUGGCAUGGUAUGGGCAACAAUUGUUCAACAUCUAAUCUAUAUUAGUCAACCAAACUUAAAUUUUGUGCCGAAACCUUAUUGUAUAGCUUCUCAUGUUGUAUGUUGUGAUGUAUUUUAUUUUUCUAAUAAAUAG